CCUAAGCUUGAGCACACACCUGCUACGGGCAAGCAUGACAACCCUCGCCGUUGUGUCAGGUGAACAUGCCGCGGCCAACGCUGCUGAGUCGGGCUCCAAGAACACGUUUAAUGUCGGGACCCGAAAGUCCAAACUCGCCCUGGUACAGACAGAUCUAGUCGUCCAGGCGUUGGCGGCCGCCUGUCCCGAGUAUGUCUACGCCAUCAAGGCGCGGGAUACUGCAGCAGGCGACAUUGACAAAAUCACGCCCUUCAAGGACAUGCCCGUGAAGAACAUUUGGACUCACGAGUUGGAGACUCUCAUGAUCGAGGGACAACUGGACUUUCUAGUUCACUCGCUCAAAGAUGUUCCCACUCUGUUACCUCCAGGAUGCGAGGUUGGCGCGGUUCUGGCGCGAGAAGACCCAAGAGACGCUUUCGUCGUCAAAGCUGGAAGACCUGCAUGUAAAAUAGAGGAUCUUCCUGCUGGGUCUGUUAUAGGGACUUCGUCCAUCCGACGGACUGCGCAAAUCGCACUCAAAUAUCCACAUUUACGAGUGGUCGACGUCAGAGGCAACGUGGGCACUCGCCUAGCGAAGCUCGACGCUGAGGAUGGACCCUUUGAUGCUUUAAUUCUCGCCGCCGCCGGACUUAUUCGCCUUGAACUUGGUGGUCGGAUCACUCAAUACCUGGACUCCAAAAAUGGUGGAAUGCUUUAUGCGGUUGGCCAGGGCGCCAUUGGCAUUGAGAACAGGUUGUCCGACGACCGAGUGCAGGGGAUGUUGAACCUAAUCGACCACCAGCAGACUCACCUCGCGACAGCCAGCGAACGAAGCCUCUUGAGGACACUGGAAGGAGGAUGCAGCGCUCCACUGGGGGUGGAGACGGCAUGGAUCAAGAAGGAAGACGGUGGCUCGCUUCUUCAACUGAAAGCAAUCGUGGUCAGCACAGAUGGCAAAGAAAAGGCCGAAAUUGACAUGACAGAAAAGGUCCAGAGCCGGAAUGACGCAGAUACAUUUGGGAUCAAUGCUGCGGCGGAACUUCUUCGCAGGGGUGCAGACAAAAUUCUCGCAGAUAUCAAAGCGAAGCGGCCUACCACCGUCGCAGACCUUCAAGAGACGUGAAAGCAGGUAUUCAGGAACAGAUCUGGGCUCAUUCGCUGCGCACCACUGCUUCUGCUUUGAGUGAUGAGCGACACAUGGAAGAGCUGGAAUUGAAACUAUGAUUUACCGGCCCCAGAAUCCGGUCUACGGCAAAUACCGAAUAGGAGCAUUGAAGCCAGUCAAAUUAUCCCCGGUUCAACGUGUUUCCAGCUCCUUUCGGAUUGGCCUCAACAAAUUCGUCCCACUCUCGUGCCUUCAUCGUGGCAGCGUCAACUUGCUCCAUAUUAUCCUCAUCGGGCUCGGGCUGAGGCGCAUUGGCGUUUCCUCCACCGUCGAUAAUGCCACCUCUCCGCCGCUCUUCCUCGAGGUACUCGUCGAUGCUCAUUGUUGGGAGGUUGUGGCCUGGCCUAAAUACGCCCUGGCGCAAUUGGGUCCUCUUGUCUGUUAUGGUGAAUGGCUGGAGAGGUUUUCCACUUGUGCUCAGUAAAGGCCCUCCUCUCUUUCCCAGGCCUGCCAUUGUGGCGGGACCAUCUAAACGUUCCGAAUAAGAAUCUGGUCUCCCCGGAACUCUCUGGUCUGAAGGUGGUGACCCUUGCCUGGCUGGCUCAGCGUGCCGCAUUUGAGACAAAAUCUCCAAUUCCUGUGUUAUCAUGUCCAGAGAGGAGAACGCCUUGUUGACUAAGAAAGCGAUUUCGGCUAGAUACAGGCUCCGAAUAGUCUCGUCGUCGACAUUUGAUUUGUUCGAUUCGUCUCUCAGAUACUGUUUUGUUAGUGCACCUCGUGACUUGAUGGCGAUAGACGGGCACAAACCUGGAGUCUCUGCUUCAAAGAUUUUUCUUCCUGGAAGCGAGAAAUCUUAAUCCUACGUUUCUCCUCGGGGCUGUUGGAGGAGACU